AUGGCCAUGGCAAGUAUGAGACUAGUACAGUUCCAACCUAACGAAGAGGUCUAUGUAAGAAGAUCAUCUUCAAAUAAAAAGUUUGAUCAAGAAAGAGCUGCCUUGUUGAACAACUUUUAUUUUCUAAACAAACACAUGUCUAAAGAACAUGCAAAAAUUGAAUAUAGAAACAAUUCCUUUUUCAUUACUGAUUUGUCAACUUUCGGUACCAUUAUUAAUGACCAAGUCCUAGUUACAAAUACCAAACACCCUUUAAAGAACCAAGAUCGGUUAGGUUUUAUCUUGUCAAUCCCAUCAGCACAAAUUAGGGCCAAAAUGAAGGAAUUUAAAGAUCAGACUAGUUUUUCCAUUGCUGCGUUUGAUAGGGCAAAAAUAGCGUUAGAGUUUGUUGUGCACAUUUUGAAUGAAAACAUACUAAAACUCGUUUCCAAAGAUAAUCAGUAUCAUUUAAUACAGGUACAAGACAAAGCAAUCAAGGAAACUAAAGAUCCCAAAUGGUUAGUUAUGCUGUACGACACGCAAAAACCAAAACUGAACCUUUCUGGUGGUGAUGAGAUAGAUGAAAUUGGAGUCGAAGAAAAAGGGGAAAUUGAAGGUAAUGGAAAUAAUGGAGACGGAGAUGGAGCCGGAGAUGGAGCUGGAGAUGGAGCAGAAGCUGGAGCUGAAAGAGAUGCAGAUGGAAGUUUAGAAGACACUACAUUUCACAAAUAUACAGAAGAUGAUAUUUCUCCAUACUGCGUCGAAAAAACAGUUGAAUAUGAGGAUGGAGUCUCAUACAGCCCCUCACCUGCUUUUUCUUUUUUUGAUGACGAUCAAGUUGACACUAAAGAAUGUAACGUUGAAGUUGGACAGCCAAACCCUAUAAAAUCAAUUGAAUGUAAUUUGAUUGGGUUAUCACCAACUAACUCUGCUAAAGAUGUUGAAACUUUAAAAUUGUACUCAGACUCAUUUGAAAAUGGGUCUGAAUCAACAAAAGGGGCACACGAUCGCAACAAAAUUAUACACGAGACUCAAGCGCAGAUUGACGAAAAAGACAGUUCAGAAGAACCACCUAGCGAAUGCCAAUAUGAAGUUGACAAUGUUUAUAAUAAGCAUAGUCAAAUUGUUGUCGUGAAUGAUAGUUGGGACCACACUGAGGAUGAAAAGAACAAAAAGGAUAAAAAUGAAGGUAGUGAUGAGUCAACCGGUAACCACACAGGUAACUAUAAGAUAAAGUUUUCGGAUAUGGAAAAAAUUGACAAAGAAGACUAUGACGAGGACAAAAAUGACGACGAAGAUGAUGAUGAAGAUGAUGAAGAUGAUGAUGAAGAUGAUGAUGAAGAAGAAGAUGAAGAUGAUAAUGACAGGGACGAAGAAGAAGAAGAUGAUGAAGAUGAUGAAGAAGAUGAAGAUGACGAGGACGAAGAAGAAGAAGAAGAAGAUUAUGCAAUCUAUGAAUUAGACUCAGAAGGUAGUUAUGAUUGUAUUGCAGGUUUUGAGAUUGGGUAUGAUAGCAGUAUUGAUACACUUUUAAAAAAUAGGACGAGCGGCAAACGCCUGCCAGUCACUACAAGAAUCCAAAGAAUGCUUUUGGAAGAAAAUGAAGAAAAUGAAGAGGAUGAAGAGGAUGAAAAGAAAGAAGAGGAAGAAGAGGAAGAAGAGGAAGAAGAGGAAGAAGAGGAAGAAGAAGAAAAGGAGAAAGAAUAUACUAGUGUUGUUGAAAGCUUUUUACCUAGACAAGUCGACAAGGAAAAUAACUCAUCAAACUCAAUCAAGUUCAAAAACUGUCAUCAUCAAGGCAUUGAUCAAAGCAAACAAAGAAAACGGUCUUUUGAGGAAGUUUUGGACAACGAUGUUAGCAAAGUAAAUCUACCACCAGCUAAAAAGAAACAAACUACGGUACACGCAAGACCGUCUUUAUCUUACACUGUGGCAAAAGAAGUUGGUAAAGGUGUCCUUUAUGUUUUUGCUACAAUCGCCGCGCUUGGUGUUUAUGGUGCCCGCUUGGCUGCCCAAGAGGAAGUACAAUAUUCAGAUCCUUAA